AUGAGUUUAGUCCCCUACAACAAUGAUUCACUUAUAUUGAAGGAUUCUAGCUCCAAAUCAUUAAUGAUUGUAAAUCCUUCUCUGGGUGAAUUAUCUUAUUUUAAACAGAUACUAACACCAAGGAACAAUGAGACAAAGUUUGAUCAAUUUUCAGCAGAAGAAGAAAAUUUAACUGAGGAGAAGGAUCUAUCUUCAUAUGUGUGCCCUCAAUGUGGCACAGAAAUAGAUACAUCAUCUCAACACCGAGCAUUACCCAAAUAUCCAAAUCAAAGAAGAAGUUCGAAACAACCUUAUGGAUUCAAUCUGUCUAAAAGAUAUUUUAAAUUACUGCAAGAUACAUACAGCCAACAAACUCUACCGAGGAUAGCAGCUGAAAGCACCAAGUUCCCCACUUUUAUACCAGAUGAUCUAUUCAUUCCUGGUUAUUUUAGGAAAUUUUUCACUACAUUAUCACUGCUAGGUACAGGAGCUAGAGGAUCAGUGUUUAAGGUUGUUCAUAAAAUUGGUGAUACUGAUUUAGGUAUCUUUGCAUUAAAAAAAAUUUCCAUUGGGAAUGAUAUGACUUGGUUUAAUAAAUGUAUAAGGGAAGUCAAAGCGCUUAGUUCGUUUACCCACAGGAGUGUCAAUCUAAUAACCUACAAUCAUGUUUGGUUAGAAAUGGAUACAUCAUAUGGGUUAACUACACAGAAUGAGGAAAGAGAAAAAAUACCCUGUUUAUUCAUCUUACAACAGUACUGUGAAGGUGGAAAUUUAGAAGAUUGUAUUUUAAUUGAUAUCUUUAAAAAAUUUCCAGAGAAAAUAUCAAGUGAAGAACGUAAGAAACGUUUUAGACGAAUGAGAAGGGAUAGGCACGACGGUAACACGAAACUAGGUCUUACAACCAUUCAAAUUUUGUCAAUAAUAAGGGAUAUAGCAAGAGGGUUACAUGAAUUACAUGAUAUUGGCAUUAUACAUCGAGAUUUGAAACCAUCAAACUUGUUGUUAUUAAACAAAUAUAAAGAAUCUGAAUCUGGGCUACAGGUUGAAGAAAAUGAUGAUACAAACGAUCAUGAUUCAAGGGAGCCAAAAAACGUGUUCCCAACAAUUGUAAUCGGAGAUCUUGGUGAGAGUCAACUUGCUGGAGAGUCAAGAGUUGGAACAGGCUGUACAGGUACACUAGAGUUUACAGCUCCAGAAAUUGUUAUUACAAACCCUUUGAGUAACGAAAAGGGAAAGAAAUACAGCGAGUACACUUUCGCUUCUGAUAUGUAUUCUUUAGGAAUGAUAUGCUACUUUAUCGUGUUUGGAGAAUUACCAUUUGAUCCGUCGCUAGAGUUACCAGAUAUGAGAAGAACGGUGAAGAAAUUCAGAGUUUAUAAGGAAGAUAUGAUUCGAUUACAUCAAAAUAAAAAUCUGAAUCAAAUUGACCAUAGAAUAUUUGAGUUGAUUGAGUCAUUAUUAUCAACCGAUGUGGAAAGACGACCUCAUGCUAAACAGGUUGAAGAGAUUUUAAACCAUAUUCUUCUUGAAGUAGAUGAUGAUGCAAUGUUUCCUUUAGGAAGAAGAUCCAGUAUAACACCCCUGGAUGAUAGUUUUGACGAAGAUGAGGAUGACCAAUUCAAUGUAGAUAGUACAGAAAAUAAGUUUUUCGAUGAAGAACAAAUUGAAGAAAACGAAGAUAAAUUAGCACUAACUACCACAAGGGCCAGGCUAAAUAUGAUAUCUGAAGAAGAAAUAGAAAUCUAUACGAAAUAUAAAAAUCAUGAUAAUAAAAAUAUAUCUGAAAAUGAGAAACAAUUUCGCUUUAUAUCCCAGUUUGGUAACAUAUCUACUAGGUUAAAUAUUACGUUCCCUAUUGGAUUAUUACUGGUAUGGUUAGUUCCAACAGAAACAAUUGUAAAUUACUUAAUUAUUUUUCUUUUGGGAAUAUCUAUUGGUGCAAGAGACGCAACAUCUAAGUAUAUUAAAAUCAUUUUGUUACUUCUACUUGCCAUUAGGUUAGGUAAAAUAUAUAUUGCGGCUUUAUAA